AUGGAUUCGCUGGCCAUCACCGACCACGGCACUUUUUACGGCGUGGUUGACUUCUACUCGGCAUGCCUCGAGGCCAACAUCAAGCCCAUCAUUGGCUGCGAGGUCUACGUCGCCCACAACAGCAGGCACGAGAAGAACCCGUCGGAAAAGAGCCCGGCGCACCUGGUGCUGCUGGCUCGGGACAACACGGGCUACCGCAACCUGAUGCAGCUGGUGACCAAGGCGCACGUCGAGGGCUUCUACAACCGUCCCCGCAUCGACAAGGGACUGCUGGAGGAGUUCGGCUCCGGGCUGGUCUGCCUGUCGGGCUGCCCGUCGGCGGAGGUGCCCCGGCUGCUGGCCGACGGUAACUACGACGGAGCAGUGAAAGCCGCGGGCUGGUACCGAGAGCUGUUCGGCGACGGGUACUUCCUGGAACUGCAACAACACGAGCACGUGCCGCAACUGGGCCAGAUCAACGAGGGACUGCUCCGGCUGGCGCAGGACACCAGGCUGCCGCUGGUGGCCACCAACGACGCCCACUACGUGCACCAGAAACAGUCCAAUUUACAAGACAUAUACAUCUGCAUCCAAACCAACACCACGGUACGUGACGAAAAGCGGCUCAGGAUGGAGGACGAUUCGUACUACAUCAAGAGUCCGCAGGAAAUGGAGGAGCUCUUCGCUGGCCUGCCAGCGAACGUGACCAGCGAGGCGAUGGCCAACACCGGAGUGAUCGCUGACAUGUGCGACGUAUCGCUGGAGUUCGGCCAGACCCACCUGCCGCGGUACGACACACCCGGCGGCAUGGACGCCGACGAGUACCUGGCGCAGGUGUGCGAGGAGGGCUUCCGGCGGCGCUAUCCCAACGCGUCGGCCGAAGCCGUGGAGCGGUUGCGAUACGAGCUGGAGGUCAUCCGCUACACCCGUUUCGCCAACUACUUCCUCGUAGUAUGGGACAUCAUCAAGUUCGUGCGGCAACGGGAGAUACUGUUCGGCGUGCGUGGGAGCGCGGCGGCCAGCGUGGUGCUUUACUGCCUGGGCAUAACGGACGUCGACCCACUGGAGUACCGGCUCGUCUUCGAGCGCUUCCUUAAUAUGGAGCGCAAGGAGAUGCCGGAUAUCGACAUGGACUUCCAGGACGACCGGCGGGACGAGGUGCUGCACUACGUCAUCGACAAGUACGGCAACGACCGAGUGGCCCAGAUCAUCACCUUCGGGACGCUGGGCGCCAAGGCGGCCCUUCGGGACGUGGGUCGCGCGCUGGGAAUGAGCUACGGCGACGUCGACCGCAUCGCCCGGAUGGUGCCGUUCAAGGCACGGAACCUGGAGGAUGCGCUCAAAGGGAGCACCGAGCUGCAGGGCGCGAUGGAUGGCAACGAGGCCGUUCGCGAGCUCGUGGACCGGGCGCAGGGACUUGAGGGAAUCGUCCACCACGUCAGCACCCACGCCGCCGGCGUGCUCAUCGCCGACGAACCGCUGACCGAGACGGUCCCGCUGCAGCGCCCGGCGAGGGCGACGAGUCCAGCCCGGUGCUGA